GCGGUCUUGACCCCUUCACCCUAUACUCCUGUAUUCAGUCAUUUCAGCCGAGACACUGUUCAAAACAGCAGGUCCCAUCUGAUCGAGCACUCACUGCUACAACAAUGGGGGAAAAGAAGGUGACUAUAAUGAUUCUGAAGGUAGACCUUCAGUGUGAAAAAUGCUACUGGAAGGUCAAGAAAGUUCUCUGUAAAUUCCCUCAAAUACGAGACCAGACGUACGACGAGAAGAACAACCUGGUGAUCAUCAAAGUGGUCUGCUGUAGUCCUGAAAAGAUCAGGGACAAGCUAUGCUGCAAAGGAGGUGGCGCCAUUAAGAGCAUCGAGAUCAAAGAGCCCGAGAAGCUCAAGCCUCCUUCUACGGGUGACAAAUCCAAACAAACACAAGCUGCAGGUGAAACCAAAGGUGCCAAGGACGCGUCUAAAGAGAAACAAAAGGAAGAUAAACCCGAAGACGGCGAGAAGCCGAAGGAUGAGUCGAAGCAGAAGCGUGCUCCGGUUACUGCUUGUACUCCGCGGCCGGUGAACCCGUGCUGUAUGGAUUGUUAUGGAGGGCGUCCUGGUGGUCCCUGCGAAACUCACCCUCCGCGGCGGCCGGUGAACCCGUGUUGUAUGGAUUGUUACGAAGGGCGUCCUAGUGGUCCCUGCGAAACUCGCCCUCCACGGCGGCCGGUGAACCCGUGUUGUAUGGAUUGUUACGAAGGGCGUCCUGGUGGUCCCUGCGAAACUGGGUAUGGUUACGGUAGGCUUGCCCUUUACAUGCAGUACGAUGGCUACUAUGGAAGGCCGGUCCAUGAUAGUUACGGCGGUGGGAGGAGCUAUACUACUAGUUACUGCGUGACCCGCCCCGAUUGUUUCAGUGAAGAAAAUCCCCAAGCGUGCGCCAUCAUGUAAAACCCUACGUACCUACCUACUGUGCUUUUUGCUGCCUUUGUGGGAAAGUUUCCACCAGCUCGGUGGUCCUUCAUUUUUAAAGUUGUACGACGUUGAAGUAAAGAAUAAAGUAUGGUUGGUGAUGGUGCGAUCAGAUUAUCCAGCCAUCCCACCACUAUAGAAGUUUCCAAAAAUCAUUUGCAUAUUUUGUCGUGCACAUGUUUGCAUGCAUAUAUGCUUUUCAAUUAUUUGCAUGCAUAUAUGCUUUUCAAUUACUUGCAUGCAUAUAUGCCUUUUGUUUUAGAGAACCUAAAUAUGCAAGAGA